UCCAAGGUACCAGGAGCUGCAAUAGACUCGCGUCCCGAUAGUAAGGUUCAUCCAGAUAUCAUAUCCCGCUUGCUCCAGACACUACGGCACACCUGCACCGACCAAAGAAUACACCUGUACGAUCAACGACAACACAGAUUCAGCAGGAGACAGCUUUUUGAGCAGUCAGUAGCAUCAGCAAAGCGCCCAGCUGAUUACCGUGAGCUGUACCAUCAGCUGUCCACUGUCAGCUAUUUACCGUCAGCUGUCCACCGUCAGCUGUUUAUCGUCAUCUGUACAGUUUCUUCAACAUGACCAUGCGGCUGCUGCUGGUGUUCCUGUCGGUGGCGUGGGUGACGGCGCUGCUCUGUGUCUCCCAGGUCCUCGCCCAGAGUGACUGUGAACCAGACUGUACCGGCAUGAAUCCUCGGGAUAAGGUUGUAGAUCCUUCCGACUGUACUCGGUAUUACCUCUGUAUAGCCGAUGGUGAAGCAUCCGACAUGUCUCUGCCUUGUCCGGAUGGUACAUCUUUCGAUAGUACUGCUCAAGAUUGUACUGGUACCCUACCAUGUGCAAAUACCUGCAUACUUCCUGAGUGCGAAUUAGAGUGCAGCAGCGACCCGGGCACUCGUCCUGACCCAAAGAAUUGCAGCAGCUAUUAUUUUUGCACUGGUGGCAACGUCUAUGGGCCCUUGCCAUGUCCCGAUAACUCCCCUUAUUUUAACGGCACUUCCGGGGCCUGCGAGGUGAGCCCAUCCGUGUGCUGUAGGGACCCGUGUGCUGCUUACUGCAUGGAUGGUCAAGUGGAGACCCAAGACCCUUAUGACUGUCACAAGUACUACCUCUGCCCCGCUGAUGGACCAGCCGAUCCCUCUUAUCAUUUUACCUGCGCUUCAGGGCAAUAUUUUGACGUUGCGGAGGGUAAGUGUAUAGAUGGCGCAGAUUGUAGCGCACUGUGUGCUUCCCCGUUUCCUGGGGAUAAUACAACAACCCCCGAGGGAGGCAGUUCCACUCCAACAUCAGUCUCGAACACUCCAACAUCAGUCUCGAACACCCCAACAUCAGUCUCGAACACCCCAACAUCAAUCUCGAACACCCCAACAUCAGUCUCGAACACCCCAACAUCAGUCUCGAACACCCCAACAACAGGACCGAGCACUACAACAGCACCCACUCCUAACUGCCUGGAUUCGAUGAUUUGUACAAACGUGGGCUACUUCCCCAAGUGUACGACGUGUGAACAAGAGUACUUCAUCUGUCAGUUCGUCGGUUAUCCAGCCGACAUUGGUACCUGUCUUGGCGACAAGGUCUUCAACACGAACCCCGCCUACGCUUAUUGUAUCUCUCCCUCCGUCUGUCCUUUCCAACCAUAGUUUAGAAUCCACCACCCACUGUUCUUUGUUUUUGAACCGCUGCUCAGAGCAUAUUUCCUACUAUUCAGAGAGCACCUACCACUGUUCUACACCAACCACCCACUGAUCUUUACCCACCACCAACUGUCUUAAUUAAGCCCAUCACCCAGCCCCCCCCCCUGUCUUAUGCCUAUCUCCCAUCGCUUCCAGCCCACUAUCCACUGUUCUGAGCCCACCACUCUAUGCUUUAGGCCCACCGCCCAGUGUUUUGAGUCCAUCACUCUAUGCUCCUCCCCCCCCCCCUCCACCCACUGUUCUGAACCCUUGAACCACAUCUCUAAAACCACCACCCUCUUUGUUCUUACCCGUCUGGGACUACCUUGUACCUGGGUGUUACGAGCCUCACUUAUAUCGGCUCGUGGAUAGCUUAAUGUCCCUUAAGAUGCUAAAGCAGAGGCUAAUAGAUAAAUUAUUAAAAGUUGUUCAAUGUCAACCAAUAUUUUUUGACUAGUUGUAUAUGAAAAGGGCUACAAGUGUUCCAAGCUUUAGUACUGCAGCCUAAAUAGAAAGGGAGAUUUAUUUAUUAUUUUUUUCAACGAAUAUUACACAUUUUCAAAUGUUUAUAUACAACCACACGUUUCAGAUAUAUUCAUUCUAUGACACUUUUCUGACACAUUAGCAUAUAAUAAAGGAUCUGAGGUCGGAAAUUUUCAAAAACAUGUUUAGUUUUCCUAAUACAAAUAGUCAAACUUCCCCCCAAAAAAUAUGCAAAUGUAACAUGUUAAUUGCUAUUAUAAACUGAAUAAAUGAACUUAGGAAGAAACGCUGGCCCUGUAUUUUAGAGACAUAAACUUUACAUAUAAGGUGCAAGUUUCAUGUCAAUUGAAUAAAAAAUGAAAGUGUUA